CUGUCGUUGCGAGCAAAAUGUUUGCUCUGAGCUCACGCGAAACGCUCACCCAAGAAAUAAACCAGAAGUAUUACUCUGUCAAAGAAAGCGACCAAACGUCGAGGAAGAAGAAAGCAUGGUGCGAAAGUUUAGAAUGCUGCAUUAAAGAACUCUACCCUUCAUCUCGCUUGGUUCUUGUAGGAUCCUCGACAAGUGGAUUUGCAAUCGAGGGUUGCGAUGUUGAUUUGACUCUCGUUCGCCAAGGAAGGCAAGCGUUUUACAGGUUGGAUUCGGACGUUGAGGUCCUUCGAAAAAUUCGAGAUAGAUUGGGAACAAGGAGGAGCUGCGUUAAAACGGAGGUAUGUUUUAUUUUAAUUUCACGUUCGAUCCGGUGACAACAAGACCUGACAAAUGCCUGUUGUGUUAUUAAAAAACUCGAUAGCUGUCGUCAAAACAGCUUUUCGAUCACUGCUAAAGCUAUAAUUGCCUAAUGAGCAGCUGUGAGAAAAAUAGAAAAACAAAAAAACUAAAACCAUGCGAAACUCUCUUACGAGCAUUUACCAUCGCCAGCCUGAUUUUCAGUGUUAUGGGUCACGAAAUUAUUACAAUCUAUUCCCUCAAACAAAUUCCCUAGAUAUUACUUGACAAAACCGAGUGUUUUUUUUAUUAUUAUUAUCAUUAUUUGAAAAAAUCAAAUAAUAUUUGCCAAAGUAUACGCGAACAAUCGAACAGGCAUACAAUCGAUUUCUGUUUCGUCCCCCUAAAACGCAGUCACGUUGAUUCUACGUUUCAGUACAUGGAGGUAUAGCUUGUAAAGGAUUCUGAACAAAAAUCCCAGUGCACUGUUAAAAAUACACGAGCCUUUUAUUAUGAUCUACUUUGAGAAAAAUCUACGGUACGUUUCAAAUUAGUUAUUCUCCUUAAAUAGAAUAUUCACAGCGAUUGAAAAAGUUUUUGGCACUUCCGCGGGGUGUCAGUGCUGAAGUUAAGUUAAUUAGUAUUACUAGCCCUGGAUGGGGUGCGAAGACUCCCGAAUUUCUGUAUGAAAGUUAUCGAAUCUCUGAACUAAAAAACUACGUAUACAUUUAGAACACCAACUGGAAUGGGUGGGAAAUGAAAGGGGUGCUUGCAACCUAAAAGCCGGGAAGAUUAUUUUCCAAUUGGCGAUUUCCUUAUAACUGGAACGUGAAAUAAGGGUUUUAUAUUAUUCAUUAAAAACAGUGUAAUAAUCAGUUCAAAGGACCCUGUGAAUGGAUCUUAACGUGUUUAACAAACUUGCUUUAAAGGCAAAUUCAAUUUGGCAAACCUGCCUGGGCAUACUGAAUUUGUGACAUCAUGACAUCAUUGCAAGUUAAAUAGACUUAAGACCACUUCAUAGUUCAAACGUCGAUCUUUUCAUUUGCCGAAAUUAAUUCCUACAGAUGUAUUUUGGGUCGACCGAAAUAAAACAAGUUCCACAGUUGAUUUAGACGUCGAACUUAUUAUUCAGUACUCAAUUCAUUCCGUUUCACGAUGUUCAAUGGUUUCAGAUGCUUACAAGUAAAAAGAAUUUGUUGAGUAAUUCAUGCGUUAGGUUUGGCACAUGAGAAGUUCGAUGUUUGAAACAAAGUCGCUCCACAGCAGUCGGAAUUCCCAUGUUGACCACUCGAUCUUAAUUCGGGCGUCGAUAAAACCCGGAACAUUCCGGAACAUGCCGGAACAUCCCGGAACAUCCCGGAACAUCCCGGAACAUGAAAAAAUAAAAGUAAUUUUCAUGAAAAAAAAAUAAUUAAAAAAAAUGAUAAUAAUAACAUAGUUUUUGCAAAAAUAACAAAAUAAUAUAAAAUAACAAAACAAAAAAAACGAGAAAUAAAGAAAUGAUUAAGAAAAAGAAAUUCAUCUCCGAGUAAGAGAAAACAAUAUUGUGUCGCAAAUAAUUUCUUGGGCGAGUGAGGGUCCAUGCAAAUGACAGUAAUGAAGGAAGGCUUGCUCAUAAAUUUAAAAUAUAUUAAAAUGGGUCGCGAGGAGGGGGGUUUUCAAGCUUUACUCACACAGCUACCUCUUGUAAUUGUUUGCCAUGAGUUAAUCAUUUGGCGGUUAACCAUUUACGGUUUUGCGAUGGUCUGAAAUGUCGGUGCACUAUGUCAUGUCAAGCCAAGUCGGUAAUUAAGUAACUCAUGUGAAGCCAACAAAUAGUUAUCUAUAACCGACAUGUACUUACUUGAGGUGCUUUGCUUUCUUGAGGUUAACAUGAAUUACUUACAGACUAAGCUCUGUGACCUUAAGAAUAGCUAAGGGGCUCCUAUCUUUCGACUUUAGUUGACAAUACUCACAUUCCUAGUAGUUUCUAUACUGUUUACAAUCAGCCUGAUAUUUCAGACGUUUCCUCUAGUCGCAAGAGGAGUUUGCGACUCGUCGAGACGGCUAAAAUUCACGCUAGUUUACAGUCCCCUCUUUUUCCCGCCUGGUCGAGGAUGGCGAUCGCCGCUGUGAUUUAAUUUGGGCGUCCCCUGUGACGUUGCAUUUUUUUCCACUCUGUGUGCUGAAACGCUGUUCCCCCACGAUAUUUCGAGCCCAAUCCUAACUUAUCGAAGACACUUAAAGGUUUGCCUAUGCGACUUGUUAUUUUUGAAAACGUUAUUUUUCAGUUAAAUUCACUGAAUAUUACAGUAUUCGUUUGUCACGUGUCCGGGUCAAAGGUCAAUAGAAAGGAAAGGAGCCGUCCGUUUUGUUUGUUUGAUUUUUUUUGUUCCACCUUGCUAAAUAUAUCAUCAUCUCGAAGCAUUUGGUUCCGUCGUGUCAGUGUCCUGUCUGGGGUCUGAAACGGGCAUAGGAAGUCUGUGUGGAUCUGCAUGAUCACGGGAAUCACAACAGCCCCUCCCAUAAAAGUUGUAGUCAAGGGCGUAGCUAGGGGGGGGUCCUGGGGUGCCCGUGACCCCCCUUGGUAGACCUUCUUUUCAGCAAACAACCUACAAUAUUUAGGUGGCGAAAACGCCAUCUUGGCCGUAAAAGCCAUCGUUGAAAAGUCCACUUUUUUAAAAUUUGUUUUUUUGUAAAGUAUUUUCGUCAACGGCUCUUGUCUUUAGUUAAUAUGGGCCUUCAUGCCGCGGUAACACGACUGAGCCCGCUGAUACACGAGGGAGAGCAGCGGUAUAAACCAUAUAUAGUCGGCGAUCCCUGGAUGGUGUCCCUGCUUAACAUAGCUCUGUGACCCCCCCUUUGAAAAAUCCUGGCUACGCCCCUGGUAGUUCCACACACACACGAAUUAGUACCAACUUCACUCUCACCAGUUUGGUAGUCAGAGGAUACCCAAAUCACUUUGACAGCGGCGAUCGCAAUCUUCAACUUGGCGGAGGAAAAUAGGGGGCUGUGAUCUAGCUUGAAUUUCCGCCAUCUCCUCGAGUCGCAAACUUCACUUGCGACUCGGGAGACGGAUACAAUUCAGACUGACUGAUAACAGUUAGAAACUACCGCUGCGCUACCGCUGCCACUACCACUGAUUCACGGCGAAUGUGAAUCUUAUCUACUAAAGUACAGAGAGAGGAGCCCCUAAGCUCUUCUUACGGUCGCAAAGCCGUAAAUGAAUAACCGUUACACCGCAUGGCAGACAUUUGCACGGGGUGGCUGUGUUAGAAAAGCUUGAAAACCCCCCUCCUCGCGACCCAUUUUAAUAUAUUGAAUUUAGAAGCAAACCUUCACUCAUUACUGUCAUUUCCAUGGACCCUCGCAGCACAAAUUAUUUGCGACAAAAUAUGUUUUCUCAUAUCCCCGGAGAUGAUACGAGUUUCUUUUUCUUUAUUUCUUUCUCUUUCUCUUUCGGUUUUUUGUUAUUUUACGUUAUUAUUAGUUUUUAUGAAAAUUAUUUUUUUAUUAUUAUUAUUUUUUUUUUUCAUGAAAAUUAUUUUAAUUUUUUCAUGUUCGGGGAUGUUCCGGGAUGUUCCGGAAUGUUCCGGAAUGUUCCAUGUUCCGGGUUUUAUCGACGCCUAUCUUAAUUCAUGGGUCGACCCAAAUUAUUAGACAGUCGCACUCUAUUGAUUCAAACGUCGAUCUCUUCAUGUACCUAAUCGAAGCCGAGGGAUUAGGUUCGGUAUGUUAAAUUUAAACUGGGCCUUAGGCAUUCCAUGUGAUCACUUUUUCACUGUUUUAACGCCGGUGAUCAUGUUUUUGAGUUUAGGAACAUAAUUUCAGGACAACACUUUAAUAACCUUCUACGAUAGUUAAAGAUAGACUAUCCCAUGCUCUCUCUCCUUAGCUUAUCAGUGGAGCAGUUGUCCCUAUACUGAAGAUGAAUGACUGGCGCGAGGGACUGGAAGGAGACAUCAGCGUUGACAUGCCGAAUUCCAUAUUCAACACCUAUCUGCAGAAAUGUUAUGGUAGCCUAGAUUCCAGGGUCACUCCUCUGAUUGUGAUCAUCAAGUACUGGGCCAAAAUGUCCAGAAUCACUGAUGCACGUGACCAUAAGCUAUCAGGUUAGUAUUUUUUAAAGCCGGCUUUACGGACAUACGCUUAAUACGGACACCUCAUUAUUACGGACAGCUUGCUUUGCCCUUGGGAAAGAAAGCCCUUACAUUUUUUUUUUCUUACAUUUUCUAAAUUCAGCCCACUCAAUACGGACACCUUCUAGGGCCCACACAGUGUCCGUAUUAACGGGGUUUAACUGUAUUUCGUUACAGUAUCGGUGAGUGAUCCUGUAAAAACCAUGAACUGAGAGCGCCCAUGAAAUAAGUCCUCAUAACCGUAAGCAUGGCAAGGGGAAUAAGAAAGUCGACUCGAGUACUGAGACCGUGACAGGGAAACUCUGUAUGAGCGUACCCCAUAUUAAGCGGACGACACCCUGUAUUUAGCGGACAAAUAACUCCGAAUGUUUUAAACCUAUCUCCCCAGUCACAUUUUCAGUAAAGCGAACCUUUAUUUAGCGAACACUUCUAUUUAAGCGGACGUUAACACAGGUUUCACUGUAGUGCGAUUUACUUGUAGAAACUUCUGUAAUGCAAAAAAGUUGGUUUUGUUCCUUUGUUGUUGUUCGUCCAGGGGAAGUUUUAUUAAUUCGAGUUGAUUUUUGUGGGUUACAGAAGGAUGAAGAGCCCAUGAACCAAACUGAUACGAAAUGCUGCCAUUUUAACGUGGUUUUGUUUCUUUUUACCAUUCUAGGCUUUGCCGUGGUGCUGUUAGUGAUUUUCUAUUUGCAAACCGGUUGCAGUCCACAGGUCAUUCCAUCGCUACAAUCAGCCGACCCGAUCAAUUUCAGUACAUCGUUAGGCGCCGAAACUAUAGCCGAUAAGCUGGUCAGCGGCUACCUUCCAUCAGUCGUUACUUCGUAUAGAUCAUCAAACCAACAGUCCCUUGGAAGUCUCCUCGUUGGCUUUUUUGAUUAUUAUUCCACCUUUAAUNAACGUGGUUUUGUUUCUUUUUACCAUUCUAGGCUUUGCCGUGGUGCUGUUAGUGAUUUUCUAUUUGCAAACCGGUUGCAGUCCACAGGUCAUUCCAUCGCUACAAUCAGCCGACCCGAUCAAUUUCAGUACAUCGUUAGGCGCCGAAACUAUAGCCGAUAAGCUGGUCAGCGGCUACCUUCCAUCAGUCGUUACUUCGUAUAGAUCAUCAAACCAACAGUCCCUUGGAAGUCUCCUCGUUGGCUUUUUUGAUUAUUAUUCCACCUUUAAUUGGAAUAGACUACUGUCUGUUCGUCAGGCCAGCACAAGGGCUGUACCAUUUGACAAAAAAUGGACACGCCCGUAUAUUCGCAUCGAAGAUCCCUUCGACGGAAGAAACGUGACUCGAGCAGUGUACCAGUUUGCACCGUUUAGCGGCAUAAAGCAGGCAAUAACGAGAGCAAAACAAACGCUAGCGAAUGAGCGAUGCCAUUUAACUGAAAUUUUAUAAAAGUUAGUUUAAAACUUUAAUCUCUCGAAAGUGUCAUGCACGCAAC